AUGCGCUCCCUCAAACGAUCUUCGCACCGCCUUCGGGCACCCCUCAGCGCUACCUCCUCCCCCCUAAUACUUCAGCGCCCAACUGGUCGCUCAAUAUCGACUCACCCUGCCGGCUCCAACACCACCACAGCCGUCACCCCCAUCAAGUCGCUCUUGAUCGCCAACCGCGGCGAGAUCGCCCUGCGCAUCGCUCGCACUGCCGCCGAGAUGGGCAUCCGCACGACAACCCUCUACACCGACGUUGACGCCGGCUCGCAGCACGCCAAGUGCUUCCCGCAUUCCAUUGCACUAGGCGCCGCCUCGGGCUACCUCGACGGCGCUCUCAUCGUCCAACUCGCCAAGCAGCAUGGCAUCCAGGCCCUGCACCCGGGGUACGGCUUCCUCUCCGAGAAUGCGGCUUUCGCGCAGGCGUGUGAGGACGCGGGAAUCGUGUUUGUCGGCCCCCCGGCAAAGGCCAUGGCCGACAUGGGCGACAAGGCACGGAGCAAGGAGAUCAUGACCGCCGCGGGCGUGCCCUGCGUGCCCGGGUAUCACGGCCCGGAGCAAGCGCCCGAGCAGCUGCGGGCGCGAGCGAGGGAGAUCAGGUACCCCGUGCUGUUGAAGAGUGUGAAGGGCGGGGGAGGGAAGGGGAUGCGGAUUGUGAGGACGGACGAAGAGUUUGAGGCGCAGCUGAGGAGCGCGCGUGCCGAGGCGAGGGCGAGUUUUGGUGAUGGCGGGGAGGUGAUGUUGGUGGAGAAGUAUGUUGUGCGGCCGAGGCAUGUGGAGGUGCAGGUGUUUGCGGAUCGGUACGGGAACUGCGUUGCGCUGGGCGAGCGCGACUGUAGUGUGCAGAGGCGGCACCAGAAGAUACUCGAGGAGAGCCCGGCGCCGUUGCUGGACGAUGCUACGAGGCAUGAUCUAUGGGACAAGGCGAGGACUGCUGCGCUUGCGGUGGGCUAUGUCGGAGCCGGGACGGUCGAGUUCAUCCUCGACAAGGACACGGGCGAGUUCUACUUCAUGGAGAUGAACACACGCCUGCAAGUCGAGCACCCCGUGAGCGAGAUGGUCACCGGCACCGACCUGGUCGAGUGGCAGUUUCGCGUCGCCGCCGGUGAGCGGCUGCCCCUAACGCAGAACCAGAUCGAGGCGCGUAUCCUCGAGCGCGGCGCCGCCAUCGAGGCCCGCAUCUACGCUGAGAACCCGGACAAGGGCUUUUUCCCCGACUCGGGCAAGCUGGUGCAUCUCGUCACGCCCAAGACGAACGCCGACGUGCGCAUUGAUGCUGGGUUUGUGGAGGGAGAUACCGUCUCCGAGGCCUACGACGGCAUGAUUGCCAAGCUGAUAGUGCGUGGCCGAGAUCGAGAGACUGCGAUCCGCAAAAUGGAGCUCGCCCUACGGGAAUAUGAGGUUGUCGGUCUCAGUACGAACAUCGAAUUCCUGAAGCGUCUGUGCCGCAGCCAGGCCUUUAUUGACGGGGACGUUGAGACUGGAUUCAUCGAGCAGUGGAAGGACGAGCUCUUCCAGCCUCGGAAUGUCUCUAACGAGGUGUUUGCUCAGGCUGCGCUGGGCCUGCUCAGCGCGCAGAUCCAGUCGAGUGUCACGUCCGGGCCACACCGGGGGACACUCGGCUUUGGCGAGACCGGACUCCAGAGCCGGCGAAAAUUCGCCUUCCGGGUGCGGAACGAUGCUGCGACCGACGAAAGCGAGGCCGAGAUCGUCCAGGUGGAGGUCGCCCAGCAAGGGAAUGCGCUCUUCAGCGUGUCUAUCUCGCGGAACAACACCCAGACACCGGUGGUGUUUGAGAACGUCGUCUGCGAGUCGUCGCUUGCGACUUCGUUCAAGACAAAGCUAACGACCUUCUUCCCUAUGGCCCGCGUCGAGUCAACUCUUGUGCAGGACCCGGCUGCCCCAGAAAGGCUGACUGUGUUCCAGCUCGGGGAGAAGACGGAGCUGACGCUGGUGCCGCCUGGCUGGUAUGACAAGGCAUUGGGCCUGAAGGAGAUUGUUGGCAGCGUCGCAGCACCCAUGCCGUGCAAGAUUCUGAGGAAUGAGGUGGCCGAGGGACAAGAGGUGGAUAAGGGAACACCGCUUGUUGUGAUUGAAUCUAUGAAGAUGGAGACGGUCAUCCGGUCGCCGCAGAAGGGUGUUGUUAAGAAAUUGGCACAUACGGAAGGGGAUAUCUGCAAGGCCGGGACAGUUCUGGUUCUAUUUGAGGAAGCAGAAGGGGCUGGGACGGCCGAAUAG